AAACACUACCAUUUUUAAAUACCUUGUUCAUAUCUUGUUUUAUGAUAGUAAAACGUACUGAAAAGGGUUUUCUUUUAAUAGCAUUCUGCAGUAAGUUCUUGAGUUUGAUUUUUCCCUUUGCAUAAGGUCUGAUCUUCUGCUGCAUUGAUGUUUGGCUGGUCCAACUUUCGUCAUCAUCAUCAUCAUCAUCAUCAUCAUCAUCAUCACAGUUGAGUCGCGCGCCUCGCCCGUCUCCUUGACACACCCUUUGCUAUUGUUGGCACAGUACGCUAGCGCGUGACAGCCUUGACGUUACCACACGAGCGUUCAGCUGCACGGUAAAAACCUUUCUCACCGAGGAUGAGAGUAAAAGGGAAAGAAGAACGGAAGAUGCACAAACGCUGAAUAGAGUGCAGGUAAACACGCUCGCGCGCACGCCCACAUACACUCCGCGCAUCCAGACCGCUGUGGAUAAAUGACAGAUCGCUGUGCAAAAGAAGCGAGGAAGCCGAGGAGAGUAUGCUGCAUGUGAGAAACGCCCGCUGUUGAGUUGCGCGGAUGUUGCAAACAUGGAGAAACGGGCUCUCGUAACGGCGAUCAGUUUGUCCAUGAGCCUGCUCGCGCUCAUGCUGCUGGUCACUGCGAUCUUUACCGACCACUGGUACGAAACCGACACCAGGAGACACAAGGAGAACUGCGACAGGUACGGCUCCGAGUCCAACGACCAGAAGAACAGGGAGAUGCCCAUCUAUCACCUGCCUCUGGUGGACGGGGGCAAUUCCAAGCGCAACCUGGCUCUCAUGAAGCCCAUCCAUGUAGGGAGUCGCGAGGAGGAACUGCUGGAGAACUGGAGGGCCAUUUUGGGCAUGGGCAUUCUGGAGACGGAGUGCGGGCGCCCGCUCUUCUCCACCUUCUCUGGACUUUGGAGGAAAUGCUACUUCCAGGGCAUGGACAGUGAUAUUGACAAACUCAUUUCGAAGGGUAUUGCAGAACGAUGCACAUCUGUCAAGUACCAUUUCUCCCAACCCAUAAGACUCAGGAACAUCCCUCUCAACCUGACAAGGACCAUACAGCAGGACGAGUGGCACCUCUUACAUCUGCGACGCAUCACAGCGGGUUUCUUGGGCAUGGCUGCUGCCGUAAUGCUGUGUGGAAGUAUUGUGGCCGCCGUGGGGUUUUUCUGGGAGGAGAGCCUCACCCAGCAUGUGUCUGGACUCCUGUUCCUUAUGGCAGGAAUCUUUUGCACAAUCUCACUGUGCACCUACGCAGCGAGCGUCUCCUACGACCUCUCCAGGAACCCUCCGUUUAUUUAUGGUUUGCCUAGUGACGUGGACCACGGUUACGGAUGGUCCAUCUUCUGUGCAUGGGUCAGUCUGGGCCUAACAGUGGCAUCCGGUUGUGUCUGCACAACUUGCCCCUUCCUGAGCUGCACAAAGGCCCUUCGCUCCAAAACGGCAAGGGAGUCAUCUGUAUGAGCGCCCCCUAGUGGCCUGGAGGACACGUUAAUCAGCACUUGGCGCUUUAGUAAAUGGAUUGAAGUGUACACUUUUUUUUGAGGACUGUUUCAGUGAGACAUGGGACUUCAUGCCUUGGAGCAAUGUUGAAUGUCUUGUAGAUUUCGGACACCUUUGUAGAGGUUUUCUGGAAUAUGUUAAUGUUAUACAGAAUGAAAGACAAGGCAGUUGUAUUACUGGGUGUUUUCUACACAGAAACAUCACUUGCUUACAAAUCGCACUCAUGAACAUACACACGCACACACAUGACACACAAAUAUACAGUUUGAUUUGAAAUGGAUAUGUGUAUGUUUGUGGGUUGUUGCCUAUGUUGUGAUGCAAUCAUUCAAUCAUUCAUUUCUUCGCACAAAGGAUCUGAGCCAAACAAAAGUAUGCAAAACAUCUGAAAUUCAAAUGUUCUGCUCCCAUCAUUGUCAGUAUUAUUAUUAGUAGUAGUAGUAGUAUUUUAACCCUGUAUUGUACGCAUUAUGUUCUAACGUUGGAUAAUUUUUUACCAUUUGAUUUUCUGACAUAAAAUAGUUCUAAUAACUGGAGGAAAGUUCCCAUAUGCCAGUUCUGUACGACAAUGGAAAAUGGUUUUAAAAAUGAUACAUUUCUCAUAAUUUCUUUAAUGAAUGAAUGAAUUUACACACUUUGAUCUCCUCCAAAUUAAAAUUGAGUGAAUUAUUAUCAUGCAUUCUUCAAUAUUGUCGAUUAUUCACUAAAGCCUAGCACAUCCUUACUGUUUACAGUAUAUCAUGAUUGUGUUAUUCAUGAAUAAAUGCAAUUAUAUUGUGAUAAACAUUUCCCAAUAAAUUAAUAAAUGCAAUAAUGUAAUAGAUGCCACUAUUUAUAAAAAUUCCCAAUGAAAAAUUUGUGAAAUUCCAUUGUAGUACAGAGUUGCCAGAUGGCAACACAGCAAUUUUCCCUUUGUAGUACAACUCACAUUAUAAAAGAUAUGUUAGAUAAAGAUCAUCAGUUAACAACAACAUCUAAUUAACUUAUCAGAGAUGCCAAAAAAACCAUGCAGCAGGUGUCUCCCCCGUAAGGGACAAAAUCAAAGGUCAUGUGGCUUAAAAACAGCACAUUAUUACCAGGGUUGGGGAGUAAUGGAAUACAUGUAUAUAUGGGAUUACAUAUUAAAAUACUAAAUAUUAGUAACUGUUUUCCACUACAGUUACAACUGAAAUCGUUGGUAAUCACAAUACAGUUACAUUGAAAAAGUACUGAAGAGAUUACUUUGCCUUUUAUUAUAAUUUGUUUCUUUUAAUAUUUAGUCUAUUCAGUUGGAAAACAUUUAUCCAUAUUAAUUAUCCAUAUUAAUGAUGCAAUCUGAGGAGCGUUUGAACAGCGGUGAAACACUUUCUUAUGAUUUCAUUCAUACGAGCGCUUUCACACCGUUGUGAGUGAAAAGGUGGAUAUGAUGUCAUUGAGGAACGUUCCCUUAGGAGCUUAAUAGAGGAGCUACAUCGUGUUUCUACAGAUUAACGCUUUGACAGAUGAAACAUAAAUCCAAUAAAUACACGAUUACAUGUCUUGCCAAUGUUAUUUAUGCGGUUAGGGUAUUUUUACAAGAAAUGCUAACCAAUGUAGCCUUUAACAUCGUAUAGAAAACUACAAAUAAUAUAUUUUCUGCCUCGUUCUAUGAACUGAAUCCACAUACGAUCAGAAAAGGAGGUUGUUGUGAACACUCAGUGGGGUUUUGAAGUAAGUUUGGAGCAGCAGAAGUAGUUGAUCUUGUGUAAAAUGUCAUGUGAACAUUUAGCUUUAUGCUAAGCUAAAAUGCUAUUUCUUUUACAUGCAUCUGUUGCCAGGCGUGAACAUACUGUAACUUUUUUCUCUAUUAAGACCUUUGAUAUUAGGGCAAAGAUGAACUACAAAAGUUUUAUUCUCAAUGAGAAUUUAAAGUGAAAAAAAAAUCAACCAGUGCUGAAGAAGUAAUCCAAAGUAUUUAGAUUACGUUACUGACCUUGAGUAAUCUACAGCAUUCAUUCUGUAAUCUGUAGCGGAAUACUUUUUAAAAGUAACCCUCCCAACCCUGAUUAUUGGUAACUUUAAAGACUGUUCUUUCAUUUCCAACAAUGCAUUAUGUUGUAACCCUUUCUGAAAGGUGAGAAAGUAAAAGAAAAUAAAUUGUUGCCAUAUGGCUACGCCGUACCAUACAGGGUUAAGUGGAGGUCCACAGUUCAACCUUAUGGGCUGUAACCACUUAAAGGAAUAUUCCGGGUUUAAUACAAGUUAAGCUCAAUCAACAGCAUUUGUAACAUAAUGUUGAUUAUCACAAAAAUGAAUUUCGACUUGCUUUUAAAAAAAGCAAAAAUCUGGGCUGCAGUGAGACACUUACAGUGGAAGUCAAUGGGGCCAAUCCAUAAAUGUUUUAAAAGAAAAACCACAAGACGUAAACAAAAAUGCAUGAUUUUAGUGUAAUAAAAUCGCUUACUAUUUUUUUCCGUGUAUAGUUAUUUCCAAUUUCACAACUUCGUUGCCAUGAUGACGUAUUGCUAUAAACCCUAAAAUGACUGUAAAAACAAUUGUAAGUGCUUUUAUACAUUUAUAAGUGUCACAUUCCUGCCUUUAAACCCUCAAAAAAAUGGCCCCAUUGACUUCUAUUGUAAGUGCCUCACUGUAACCUCGAUUUUAGCUUUUUUUUUAAAGGCAGGACAAAUCUAAAUACUUUUUGUGGUAAUUUUUAAUGAUUGUGGGUUUAUCAAUAUUCACUUUAUUCAGUCAACAUUUGGUUCCCUACAGUCUUGAAUAUUUACAUCCUUGGCCUUAUGUUUUGGUUCUCAUAUCAAGCAUCUUCCAUGUGCAAACGGAUACGACUAACCAUCGGCCUAAGUGCUGAUGUUUCGAAUUAAAACAUCAAAAAGCUAAAGAAUUAAAUUAGGGAUGAACAGAACGCUCCAUUUCAACAAUGUCAAAAUGUAUAAAAGCAUAACUGCAUAUAGAUCACCUUUAAGUAACAGCUGGUGGCCAGUAUUCAGAAAGAUUGAAAAAUCAAAGAGACACGUAGACGUGGAUAUGCAAACUUCUGAUUGGAUGACAUGGCUCUGAAGAUCCAAAACAUGGGAUGUCACUAAAAUGGCUACAUGCUCAGAGUGGAUGCUCUUGAAUCUACCAGCCUCACUCAUCAUUGUGGAGAAUAUUCCACGGGCCUCCUCGUCCUUCUACAAUCCCUUCGGAAGGACCUGAGCUGAUAUUAAAAUGGCUAGAGGACUGUAUUAACUGCUGGAUAUCAUUUUCCAAACUGAGCCAAAACAGUAACAUACUGUAUCCCUGAAACUGUACUGAUUGCCUGAAAACCUCUCUUGUGUUCCUGAAAGUGUAUCAUAAAUACAUUAUAAUGAUGAAAUAAAGGUCUAUGAUGAA